CUGGCAACUCUAUGGUUAUCAGUCGAUAAGUGUAGUGUUUGAUGCGGAGCUGCAUUCGUCGAGCGGCGAACAGCUGCAUUCGACGCAAGGACGGUGCUUGCCGUGCUGCCCUUUCGCUCCUUAGCGCCCCCUCUGCUCGCCAGUGACGUUCCCCUCGAUUUGACAGAAUGAGCAGAUUUAGCUCAUCGGCUGAUUGACAAUUCGGAAAAAUCAUCCCCGAAUGGACAGGUGAGACAAAACUCGUGGUGCGUGGACAACGACCAAGAUGAACCCUCGAUGGCGCCAGGUGCUCCUGCUGGUCGCUUACUUUCUGGUGCUCAUGCUGGUGGCCAGAAUAAUUGACCUGCUCAUUUGGCACCUGCAAGGGCUGACGCCGAACCAAGAGGUCGACCCUCGGCUGGUGCUCGGAGUGCGACAGCUCAAAGCCCUCUUGGACACCAGGGGGGUGGGCUACGCUGGCUGCGUUGAAAAACACGAACUUGCGGAACUGGUUUAUAGCUCAGGCCAAGUUGUCAACUCAGAAGUGGCAGUUCUAGAAACCUCUGAAAAUGAGGUGAAGGCUCGUAUUGCUGCACCUGCAUCACAUUUCACAGGCGGUGCGCACUUUUACGAAGAGGUGGAAGAUACAAAAGACUCAGUUUGGCUGGUCCAGGUUGCACCUGAAGGAGCUGAACCUCCCUUAGAUGAUUACAGCUGGAGAUUAGUGUGCGCGCACCUGGCACCUUUUGCCAUCAGGACAGGUGUUUUUGAUUGCAAGCUGGACAGACGGUUAUGCACCGGCAAAGGUUGGCAUGAACCUUUAUUACUGUUGGCCCUUCCGAGGGGCACCAGAGCCAAGGACAAAGUGCUAAUGCAAAUUUUUAAAUCAACUAAACCUCAGUCAAUCAUCGCGUGGGUGCGACAACAGCUGUCAGACAGAGUUGAAAGACUCCAAAACGUCUCAGAAGCGACGCAGUGGGUCGAAGCUGCCUCCAAGUCUGAGUCUGACAGCCAAGUGCGUCUGCUUUUACUCACAAAGCUCUCCAGUCCUCCUUUAUUCCUGGCAGCCCUCAGUGUCAAAUUCGCUGGAAGGGUUCGAUUCGGAUUGCUGCAGGUGAAAAAUAAGGAGGAUGAGGACAUUGUCAAGAGCAGCCUCGGCAUCAAAAGCCGAACAACAUAUCUACUUUCAACCCCUCAGGGCUCUUAUAUCUACGGAAGCGGUCGAGAGGAGCAUCUUGAUUUUAAAACCAUGCACAACUUCUUGAGGGCCGUGCAGCCAGAAGCAAAUGACGCGCUUUUAGUCUCGCUGGCACUGUGUCAGCUGCUGGCAGUGCUCAGAGCUGCCACCAAAAGGUCACUUCUGGGCUGCUUGCUCACCAUUUUGGCACACAAUUUAGCUCUGCUGGCUGCAUGGCUGGCUAUUCUCACCCUCAGCAGGGUACCAUUUGUGGCCAGUCCAUUCACUGAAGCCUUUUCUUGUGUGAGCCGCUGGAUGGCAUUGUCCAAGCCUGGACUCUGGCUCAGAGCUGACCAGAACCUGCUGGCCCGCUACCCAAAAGUGCUCCUGUGCACUUUGUUGCUUUUCCUUCUUGCUGUUCGCCACUGCUUUUUGGAGGAGCCUUCUGAAGGUGGAGGCUAUGGUUGGAGAUUUUUGAGUCAGCUCUUGCCAAGCCCAACAAUAACUCUUACAAGCUUACGGCCAGAGUCUGAAGAUGAGAGACCUCCCAAUCCAGAAGAGCUGCUGGUGCAACGACUGGCCGUGCCUGGCCUUUGGCUCACUCCUCUGGUCAGCGCCGACUACCUGCGCACCCUCGCCCGCUGGAGGCACCGAACGACGCCCGACAUAAAGCGGGACCCGAUGUCCAGAGCCCUCAUCGAAGAGGUGAUGCGUCCAGGCAAGGACACGGAAGCCGAGUCUUCUGAGGACGAUCCGGGCCCGCCAAGAGGAGCUCUUAAGGCAGCAGAAUGCGCCAUAUGCCUCGAGUCGUACGUGAAAGGGUCACUGUUAUGCGGGCUGCCAUGCGGACAUGCAUUCCACGAGGCGUGCAUCAUGGCCUGGCUGCUCAGGGACCACCACAGCUGCCCGUCUUGCAGGUGGCCGGCUUACAAGAGGAAGAAGCACCAUUGAUUUGAUUCACACUGCCUUUCAAUUUGAGUUCGUCUCAGUACGCAGGAUCAUGAUCCUGCUGUCAUAAUGUGAUUAUUAUUUGUGAUGAAAAAGCAAUCACAGUGUAUUUCUGAUAGUACUGCCAUCGUUUCCACCAGAAGGGUAGUGACGAACGCACAUUGUUUCGUAUCGAUCUCGACAACCUCAGUUGUUUUCACAGCCAAAUAAUAUUAGUGAAUACCGUAUAGACUAAUGGAGGGAGGUGUAUCAGUCAGAUUUCGCAUUUUGCGUGGGAAUUUGAGUGCUGCAGACUAACUUUGUGCUUUUCACAGUCAAGCGGGUGCUCAAAUUUAUAUACAAAUUCAUCAGCCAGUUAUUUUUUCUGGGCACAAUUUCUGCUCAACCAAACUAACACUCCCUUCAGUAACUAUGCAGCAGAGAGUUUAGAAUGUAUUUUUAUCAUGUGUCGCUUUGGUACGCAUUAUCAAACUUCCUUUUUUUCUUUAGUUCAGAAACAUUGUUAACGUUGCUAAAAGCACUACAGAGUUCUAUAUAUCAUUAUUAAAAACACAAUAUGAGAAAAUCUAAACUGUUCCAUUUUGAUGGUGAUAGCAUUGAACGGAAGUUAAAUAAAAAUCAAAAUAUAUCUCAGCUUUCACAUAAUCAUACAGAAUUUAAAACCACAUAAAGGACUAAAAUCUUGUAAACUAACUUUGGUACCGAAUACAUCAAGAGGAAGAUUUCUUGAUACAGUAAUAAAUAUGUAAAUGUGAAUUUUGUGAUUAUUUAUAUAGAAGCGCGUGAGUGCCUCCCAGCAAACACCGCCUUGUUUCGUUCAAACAAUUCAAGCUUAAAGAGUUAGAAUUAGUGUUUUAUUGUAGGAAAAUGAACCAACAGUGCACAAAAUGAGUGCAUUCUGUUUGAUUGCUUGAAACGUUUGAUACGUUCAUGAGUCAUGCCAUUUUUUAGACAAAUAAACUCAUAGUUGAACAAAAAAUAAA